UGCGUGUCUCACUGUGAAAACAAAUCUCCUUCUUAUGUGGAUUGUCAUAAAGGAACCUGUCAGAUCCAGAAGAUGACGGGACCCCAGUGCUUUUGCCCAGCAUUGGACAAGUAUAUGUACACAAAAUCAGACUGUACAGGCUCAAUUCUUAAGGAUGCUUUAUAUGGCGGCGUGGGAGCAGCCAUUGGUGUCUUGGUCAUCAUCAUUUGCACUGUACUAUUCCUCCUGUACAGAUCGAAAACAUCAAACAAGGACAGGGAGGCAAUCCUAAAUGGGGGUGACCAGUGGUUUGAAGAAGACAAAAAUGAUGAAUGGACUAACAACAUUGACAUAGAUGAUGGAAAUCAAGAAUGGCAAGGUGCUUCCAGGAGGAACUUUAGACCAAUCUUGGAAAACGUCAACACACAAAUGGAGGUGAAGAUCAAAAGACCAGAGAUUUACCCACCCCUGUAUUACAGCUCAUGUUGAAAUGUUCCUAGCAUGUGCAAUGGGAAUGUAAAGUUGUUUUGUGUGUCUAUAUAUAUACUGUAAAUAUACUGGAUAUUUUUAUAUUUUUGUUUUAGUAAGUUUCCCAGUCUGUUCUUACCUCCUGUUUUCUUUUUUAGAAAGGGUUUGUUGUUUACAGAACUCAAUAGCUUAAGCUUACAUUUGCAUACACAAGUCAAAGAGGCAGAGCACUC